GCUGGGGGGGGGUGCGACAAAAAAGGGAGAGAAAGAAAGAAAAGAAAGCGAGCAAGAAAGAGAAAAAACUGCCUCUCUUUCUUCCGACAGAGCACCUCCAUCCCCAUGAUCUCAUGAAUAAAUUAUAGCGGCUCAUUGUGCAAUAGAGGGAGGAAUGCGGUCGAGCGGACUCGUGCGCGCACACACGAACACACACACGCACGCGCGCGCAGAAGCAGCAGCAGCAGCAGUAGCAGCAGCGACUCUCUGGAUUUACUCAAAAACAUUUGACUAAAACACACAAAAGCUGCGAGACAGAACGCUAAGGUUUUAUAUACCCACACAUGGAUCGUCCGUAAGGAAGUGUUCGUGAAUACGAUCCGUUUUUAAACGCUUUUAAUGUGUUACUACAGCUUCCGAUUUCUGAGGUAACCGUAGAUAUCCAAGACAAAUAGACACAUCGAAGAGCUUUUAUUUUUAUUCAUCCGCACCCACCGAGGAUCGCAGCAGAUCCUAACAUUUGAUUUUUAAACAUUCUGAGGGGGAUUUUCUGACAAGAACACGGAAUCAAAUCCAGUCAGACUCAGCAGAUCAACCUCGGGCAGCCGGAGUGGAAGACUGCCUGCUUGGUUGAGGAGAUUUGGGGUACCUCGUAGACCCCUAGAUUCCUCCGAUGAACCCCAUCAACUCCAUGAAACCUGCCCUGCCUCCAACGCCACACAGUGACGCCUCAUACCCAUAUGAUUCUGUCCCCUGGCAGCAAGGCCCCAAUCAGCCUGCCGGCUCCCUCUCUGUGGUAACCACAGUGUGGGGGGUAACCAAUCCUUCACCCAGCCAGGUUUUUGGUGCUCCCAUGGGUCCAGGCGGAAACUCAGCCGGUGGUCAUAUGAUGCCUGGCAACAGUCCGGGCAUGAACUCCUCUCAAUUUAUGAGUCAGCAGGGCUACCCUGAGCCCAACAAGGGCUACAUGCAGCAGGGUAUGUACGGGCGGCCCACCGGGGGAUACCCAGCAGGACCUGGAUACGGGGGCAGUUACCCCAAUAACGGAGGAGGUUCCCUCGGGAUGCCGCCCCAUGGAGUCCGUCAGCCCACAGACUUCACCCAGGCAGCCACUGCCGCUGCUGUGGCCGCAGCUGCUGCCACAGCGACGGCCACAGCCACGGCAACAGUCGCUGCGAUACAGGAGAAGCAAAACCAGGAGCUGAACUAUGGGCCUAUGGGUGGUGCUUCCUCUUACAACACCCAGUUCCUGUCACACUCAGGACCCCGUGGCCCACCGGGCAUGGCCCCUUCCGGGAUGGUCGGCUCCAGACCCCCUUCCAUGGGACCCAUGUACGCGCAGCAGGGCCAGAGGUUACCCCAGCAUCCGGUGUACCAGGGAGGCCAGCAGGGUCCUCCGCGACACCAGCAGGGCCUGAAACGCCCCUACAACUCUGACGGAUUUCCAGGACAGCAGUACGGUCCCGGGAUGGGAGCCGGGGGCCCGUACCCAGGUCAACCCAUGCAGUACCACGGUCCCGGGCCACAGCGGUCUGCUCCUUCCCCGUCUUACCCAACCCACAGAAUGCCUCUCCAGCAACCCAAUAUGGGCCAGUAUCCUGCAGGACCAGGAAACCCUGGCCAGUACUACAAGGCGGACCAGUUUAAUGGACAGGGAAACAGUCACAACAGUCUAUCAUCUGGAGUGACAGGAGCCGGCUAUAACACCUUUAACCAGGCCGCUGUCAACGGGCCUGGACGGGCGAUGCCUGGAUACCCCAGCUCCCCCCUCCCGGGAAAUCCCACUCCUCCAAUGACCCCUGGCAGUUCUAUGCCCCCGUAUAUGUCCCCGGGCCAAGACGUCAAAUCUCCCUUCCUCCAUGACGUUAAACCCAACAUCAACUCUCUGCAGCCCCCCUCAGGCAACCCCAGUGAUGACUUGCGUCUGACCUUUACUGUACGAGACGGGGUCGUGUUGGAGCCCUUCCGACUGGAGCACAACCUGGCCGUCAGCAACCACGUCUUCCAGCUGCGAGACUCCGUCUAUAAGACCCUCAUGCUGAGGCCGGAUCUGGAGCUUCAGUUUAAGUGCUAUCAUCAUGAGGACAGACAGAUGAACACCAACUGGCCGGCGUCGGUGCAGGUGAGCGUCAACGCUACGCCUCUCACCAUCGAGCGCGGGGACAACAAGACGUCCCACAAACCGUUGUACCUCAAGCACGUCUGCCAACCGGGACGCAACACCAUUCAGAUAACGGUCACGGCCUGCUGUUGUUCUCAUCUGUUCGUGCUGCAGCUGGUUCACCGGCCGUCCGUGCGCUCCGUUCUUCAGGGUUUGAUGAAGAAGAGACUGCUCCCAGCGGAGCACUGUGUCACUAAGAUUAAGAGAAACUUCAGCAGCGGUACCAUCCCAGGAACCCCUGGGCACAAUGGUGAGGAUGGCGUGGAACAGACAGCCAUCAAGGUCUCCCUCAAGUGUCCCAUCACCUUCCGCCGCAUCCAGCUUCCCGCCAGGGGUCACGACUGCAGACACAUACAGUGCUUUGACCUGGAGUCUUACCUGCAGCUAAACUGUGAGAGGGGAACUUGGCGCUGUCCUGUGUGCAAUAAGACUGCACUGCUGGAGGGACUAGAAGUGGAUCAGUACAUGCUGGGCAUUCUCAUCUACAUUCAGAACUCGGACUAUGAAGAGAUCACCAUUGAUCCAGUAUGCAGCUGGAAACCAGUUCCAGUGAAACCAGAUCUGCAUAUUAAAGAGGACCCAGACGGCCCUGCCCUGAAACGCUGUCGCACCCUGAGUCCCAGUCACAUGAUCCUGCCCAACGUGAUGGAAAUGAUUGCAGCGUUGGGACCGGCCUCCUCGCCCUACCAGUCCCUACCACAAGGGGGCAGCAGCAGCACACCUGAUUAUCCCAGCCAAGGCGGUUCGGGAUAUUCUAACCAAUCAGGCUUUUCGGACUUUCCCAAUGCUCCGGGCACCCCCACCCUGGGAGAGUUUGCCUCUGGGCCGCCCCCUGUCUCCUACCAAUCUGACUUACCAAGUGGUCUCCUCACCCCUGAAAAACCAGUGGGACAUCCCAUGUCAGGACAGAUGACCCACUCUAGUCGCAUGGACCCUUCCCACAAUCCCCUCCAACAGCAGCAGCAUCAAGGGCUCCACAGUAAUGCCAACAUGGGUGGACCCAUGCAUUCCCGCAACCCCUCCCAGAAUCCCCGGAUGCACACAGACAGUUUUGGACUGGGGGGACCCGGGGGACCGGGGGACAUUCCAGAGCCUGCCAUUGAUCUUCUCCCAGAGCUGACAAACCCAGAUGAGCUGCUGUCCUACUUGGGUCCACCCGACCUUCCUAACAACAGCAGCGAUGACCUGCUCUCUCUGUUCGAGAGUAACUGAGUCCUAUCCCAUCAUUCCUCAGCCUUGCGUCACCGUCCAACAGACAGCCUCCCCUGCCCGCUCUCGGCCCGCGGCAGGGAGGUUUGUGAAGUGUAACAGAUAUCCAUUUGCGUCUUUGCGCCGAUUCCUCCUGAAGAACGUAGUGACUUGUGGGAAGGUGCAACGGAGGUCUUUUUUUCAUGUGACGAUGUUACUGUCCGUCUGCUUCGCUGAACUCUGUCAAGAUUUUAUUGUGAAUUUCAUUUAGAAGGAGUUCCUUUCUUACGAGCUGCACUCUCAGAUCAUUUGUAGAAAGAUCUCGCAUCUGACUCAUGUGCUGUAAAUGACAUCGUGGGGGGGACCAGGCAUCAUUCGUUUCUCAUCGCAGCAAUCUCAAUUAAACGAGGGACUAACUUUAGUACUGAACUUAAAAAGAACAUGCGGGAAGCCAAAGCGUCUCACCAUUUAAAAACAUUUAAACUUGCUCACAUAUACUGUAAAACACAAACUUAAUUCUCCUAAUAAACAGGAAGACUUGAAGUUUUUUCUUAUUUUGCCCAAAGACACAGAGCUAGUGUCACACGUAAAUGACUUGAUCUCAAAUCUACUUGAAGAAGAACAAGUGUAGCUUUUUAAACAUUUUAAUAUAGACAACCACAUCUUAAGUCAAGAUCUUAAACCAGUAGCGUUACAGAAAUGCACUAUUAUAUUUUUGCACACGUCAGGCCCUUCAGACGUUAGCAAGCUGUUUUUCUUACAGACUCAUACAACAGAAAUCAAAGGUAAUGAAUUUGUCCUUGUAACGCACACAUGCACACCUUCAGUGUGUGUUUUGGCACAAACUCAAACUUGUUACGCCACAUCCUGCUUUCAGAAACGUCUGUUUGUCGUGUUGUUUUUCCUCAGCUUUAUUUGAAAAAGAAGUCUUCCUCUCCUUUCGGGACGCAAGGUCUGUGGGUUUCACUGAUGCGGUUACGAGAACGCAUCAGAAUUCCUAAUUCGAGUCGCACCCUCACUUUAACACACAUUUCAGUUUCCCUUAAAUAUGCAAGUGAGAGAUUUUGGGCUGUUGAAGAAACGUGACUGCAGAACUCUUUAAAAACACACAGAGCUCAGACAGCCCAGUAGCAGCUUGUUGACAGGUUAUAACCACACACAAACGCAUACGAAGAGGGUAAAACUUGGGCAUUCUGGGACAGAAACUUUCCCGCAAUGAGAUUUGGACAAAUCUGGUUGGGUAGCUAAUGGGAAAUGGACUGACGUUUAUACAUCGGUAAACAUUGGGAUUCAUGUGAAAUAUGUACAGAUAUAGUAUUAUUAUUGUUGCAGAUGUGAACUUUCUCUUAACCCCCACGAUAUUGAAAAAAAGAACAUUUGAAACACUAUGAUGAGCUCAUGUCAUGCUUUUCAUUCCCCCGUUUUCCCAUUCAAUGCUCUGUGAAAGCGGGGAGGGGAGAUGAGUCUACUGUUGUUUCUGGUCUUGUCUCAUUUUAUUAUUUAUCAUCACUCUUCAGGCACUGUUAGCAAAGUGCAGUUUGUAUAUUAACAAUACAGGAAACGUCAGGAGUUCUCAGAUGUGCUUGUUUUUUUCUUUGAAGUAAUUUGUGUAUCAUACCAUUUUAUCUUUUGAUUAUAUAAUUGUUAUUAUAAUUAUGAAGACAAUUGAUGGGCCUGUAUGCAUCUCUCUCUCUCUCUCUGUGUGUCUCUCACUUCUGUGUUAACUAGCAGAGUUUAUGAAUUUGUUAGAAAGAGAAAAAGAAAAUGAAUUCGCCAUCUGAAUCUGUGACCACCAUCAUGAGAAACCUGGAGACCAGCAUCAUGUUCACUUGUUGAUCAAACUGUUUUAAAAGAUGUUUGACUUGUCUUGUGUCGGUGGAUCAUUAAGUUCUAUCAAUUGAAUUAAACAUGUACAAUUGAAAUCGAUUUGUUUUUCUAAAGAUGUUAAAUAUUUCCAUUAUGUUUUAUAAGUAAAGACUUAAGCCACAUUGAGUUUCAUUGGCUUUAUUUGAAAAGGAGCAGCGGCACGGGGGGCGUGGCCGGACAAAGGUGUGCUCGUGUAAUAAUUUUACGUCUCCGGUGGAUUUAUUU